AGUUUGGUACAAACUCGGGGAGACUUACAGCAACUUGGUUGAGAAGUGUGAAAAACUAGGCGAUUUCUAUAGGAACUUCUCUCUUUCCCGGCUAAAUAUUCUCGAUAUGUUUUUCCUAGCUUGGAUAGGCUUAGCUUUUGCGACAGUGGCUGCUAUUCAUAUUUAUCUUCGGUUUUUUUCAAAAAGAACAAUAUCUUUCGGAAGGGCUGGAUAUGUUACUGGUUUGGGUGGGGAAUCGUGCUUUUGGGUUAACUCUGUCCUUAAAUGGCUUUACGUUCAUUUACACCAAACGCCUUGGCUUGUGCAGCAAUGGAUUGAAGAAUUGAAUAAGACUGCUUUGCAGAACACACUCAAGCCGGGGAGAGGUAAUAACUUGGAGAGACCAUCAACUAAACAACUCGGGGCCAUAACAAUUUUAUUGAUUUUCUCACAGGGUGAUGUCCAAGUUAAGUUCGAGAACAUCGUAGCCGGUAGUCUUCCACCGAAAAUUUCGAACCUUUCUACAAAUAUUGAAGACAGUGAAUCACUAACUGUUAAAGCGGAUGUUGAAGCUUGUGAUGUAGCUUUCCUUAUGACAGCGCUCCAACAAACUCAAAGCGGAGUAAUAAGCGCAAACUGCGAGCUAAACAUACAGCGACUGACUGGACAGAUUUAUGUUAUCUCCGACAUGAGAAACGAAUCUAUGCAACUUACAGCUUCUUUUGUCAAAGUUCCUGAUAUUAAAUUCAUUGUGAAACAGAGAGGAUUUGAUACACAAAUCGAACCUGGUAGAAUAGAAACAGCCGUUAGAAGAGCAAUAUCGGAUACUAAGGUCUUUUGGAAUGUUAGCCUGAACUCUCUGAAUACUAAUAUGCAAAGACCUUUAACCCUAAAUAAUCAAAUAAGAGAUUCAUACCAGAAUACACAUGCUGCAUACAAGUAUAAUUCCAUGGAUAUGAGACAUGAACCCAAUAUGGACUCAUACCAAACAAAUGAAGUUCGAAAAGAGGAAGAGGAUGUUUCGGAUAAAGCCUCGAAUGGUAGCACUAGCGUAAUGCCAUCUAGUGAUAGAAAUAGUACUGUCUUAAGGAGGCCUCUGUGGGCCAGAAAUAGAGAUUCAUCGCAGUAUUACCCGCUUAACGUGGCAAAGACUGCUAUAAGGGACCGAAAGCUUUUGGUUAAAGUUAUUAAGGCAACUGGCGUUUCAGACAUAGAUACUGGUAUGUCAGAUCCUUACUGUAUCGUAUCGAUGGACGAACCAGCUCAAAAACACUCAACCUCUGCUUGUAAACAUACUUUCAAUCCUUUCUGGGACGAACACUUUCUUUUCGAUUUAAAUGACGCAACUCAACAACUAAGGUUUGAACUAUACGACAAAUCGAAAAAUCCAGGCAAUGACUUCUUAGGAAGAGCAUUCGUUAUGGUAGAUGAAUUGCGUUCAACACCAGGCAGUAGACAAAUUCUACCUUUGGCAGGAAAACCAAAGGGACAAGGCGGGUCACUGACUGUAGAGUUCCUUUUCGUGGAAUCAAAUGAUAACACAGCAUACAAUGAUUUACCUAGAAGGCACAUAGAUACAACAAGAACGGUAAGCAAAUAUUUUAUAUUUCUAGUGUAG